UAACGCAAUUUUCGGGUUCUAAGUGCUAGUCCUAGACCGCCAAACAUAUAAGCAAACGAAAGAAGAAUCAAAGGAAGGAAAAUGAGUUGAAGAAGUAGAUGAAGAAGAAGAAAUAAAACGUACAGACAGAAAGACAGAAUCACCAUCAAGAAUGUGAUGACAUUCACAUUCACAUUCUCAUUCUCAUUCUCAUUCUCAUUCAUUCACAUUUCCUGACUCCGAGAUCCCAAUCAAACAAAUAAAAAAAUGUCAGCUUCCCAAACCCUAGGCGGUCCAUCCCGCAGCGGCCGUGUGAUAGGGCCGUCGUUAGACAAGAUCAUCAAAAACGCGGCGUGGCGCAAGCACUCUCAGCUCGUCUCCGCCUGCAAAUCCGUCUUGGACAAGCUCGAAUCCAUCUCCGACUCCGCCAAUCUCGACCACUCUCCUCUCUUCGGCCUCUCUUCCUCCGAUGCCGAUUCCGUCCUCCAACCUGUCGUUCUCGCUCUCGAAUCAGGCUACGCCAAAGUCGUCGAGCCCGCUCUCGAUUGCGUCUUCAAAUUGUUCUCCCUCAACCUCGUCAAGGCCGAGAUCGAUCGCCCCGAUCCCAACUCCAAUUCCGCUUCCAAUUCCAAUUCCAAUUCCAAUUCUAAUAUUGUUUACAAGAUUGUCGAUUUGGUGUGUAAGUCCGGGGGGCAUGGAGAGGAACAAAUCGAGCUCGGCGUGCUUCGGGUUCUUCUCUCCGCGGUUCGAUCUCCCACUGUGUUGAUCCGUGGUGAUUGUUUGAUUCAUGUAGUGCGGACUUGCUACAAUGUCUAUCUCGGUGGAUUGAAUGGUACCAAUCAGAUCUGUGCCAAGUCUGUUCUCGCUCAGAUUAUGGUCAUCGUUUUCACGCGCGUUGAGCAUGAUUCUGUGGAUUUGGAGGAUCGAGCUGUGCCGAAAGUCUCCGUUGCCGAAUUGUUGGAAUUCACUGAUAAGAAUUUGAAUGAAGGGAGUUCUAUUCAGUUUUGUCAGAAUUUCAUCAACGAGGUAAUGGAUGCUAGUGAAGGAGCUGGUGAUCAUGCUCGUGUUCGUAAUCAAUUGCCUUCGCAAAAUGGCAAUGGCGUAGGUUCAAUUAAGAAAGAAGACGAUGACAAUGAUAAUAAUGGCGAUAAGGUUGGGAGGGGUGAGGAUGAAAUGAAUGAUGGUGGUGAAGCUGAUAGUAAGAUUAGGGAAGAUGGGUUUUUGCUUUUUAAGAAUCUGUGUAAAUUGUCAAUGAAGUUUUCGUCGCAUGACCAUCCUGAUGAUCAAAUCCUAUUGAGGGGUAAAGUUUUGUCCUUGGAGCUUCUCAAGGUUGUCAUGGAAAAUGCCGGUCCGGUGUGGCGCGCCAAUGAGAGGUUUCUCAGUGCAAUCAAGCAGUAUCUUUGCUUAUCUUUGUUAAAGAACAGUGCAUUAUCAGUAAUGGCCAUUUUCCAGCUUCAAUGUUGUAUUUUUAUGAGCUUGUUAUCAAAAUUUAGAUCAGGAUUGAAAGCAGAAAUUGGGAUAUUUUUUCCCAUGCUUGUCCUCCGUGUGCUGGAGAAUGUGCUCCAGCCAAGCUUCUUGCAGAAAAUGACUGUCCUUAACUUAUUGGAGAAGAUCUCUCAGGAUCCACAGAUUAUUGUAGACAUUUUUGUGAACUAUGACUGUGAUGUGGAUGCUCCAAACAUUUUUGAAAGGGUUGUCAAUGGCCUUUUGAAAACUGCUCUAGGACCUCCUUCUGGUUCAACCACAAGUUUGUCUCCAAUACAAGAUAUCACUUUUCGGCAUGAAUCAGUUAAGUGCUUGGUUAGCAUCAUUAAGUCAAUGGGAGCUUGGAUGGACCAACAGCUCAGUCUAGGAGAUUCAUAUCUGCCUAAGAGCGCUGACAGUGAUACUACAGAGAAUCAUUUAACUCUCAAUGGAGAAGAUGGAAUUGUUUCUGACAAUGAACUACAUCCUGAAGUAAAUUCUGAACAUUCAGAUGCUGCUACCCUUGAACAACGUCGAGCUUAUAAAAUUGAACUCCAGAAAGGUAUCACUCUGUUUAAUAGAAAACCUUCCAAGGGAAUUGAUUUUCUGAUAGGCACCCAGAAAAUUGGUGGUUCUCCAGAAGAUGUGGCUUCUUUCCUGAAGAAAACUUCUGGCCUAAAUGAAACCAUCAUUGGUGACUAUUUGGGUGAAAGGGAGGAAUUUCCUCUAAAGGUCAUGCAUGCUUAUGUAGAUUCAUUUAAUUUCAAAGAGAUGGAUUUUGGCGAAGCAAUAAGGUUUUUCCUACGGGGCUUCAGGUUACCUGGAGAAGCACAGAAGAUUGACCGCAUCAUGGAGAAGUUUGCUGAGCGAUAUUGUAAAUGCAACCCGAACUCAUUUACUAGCGCAGAUACUGCUUAUGUGCUUGCCUAUUCCGUGAUAUUGCUCAACACAGAUGCCCAUAAUAGCAUGGUAAAAGAUAAGAUGACGAAGGCUGAUUUUUUUCGAAACAACCGAGGAAUAGAUGAUGGCAAGGAUUUGCCAGAAGAGUUUCUUGGCACCCUUUAUGAUCAAAUUGUUAAAAAUGAAAUUAAGAUGAGUGCUGAGUCUACUGCACCACAGAGCAAACAGGCUAACAGUUUUAAUAUAUUGGGCUUUGAUGGUAUACUCAAUCUAGUCACUUGGAAGCAUACUGAAGAAAAAGCAUUGGGUGCAAAUGGACUUCUUAUAAGGCACAUCCAGGAGCAAUUUAAGGCAAAAUCUGGAAAAUCAGAGUCAGUUUAUCAUGCUGUCACUGAUGUAGCAAUCUUGAGGUUUAUGGUUGAGGUUUGCUGGGGUCCUAUGUUGGCUGCAUUCAGUGUGACUCUUGACCAAAGUGAUGACAGGCUUGCUACUUCUCAAUGCGUACAGGGCUUUCGAUAUGCUGUGCAUGUCACUGCUGUGAUGGGCAUGCAGACUCAGAGGGAUGCUUUUGUGACAUCUGUAGCCAAGUUUACUUAUCUCCAUUGUGCUGCAGAUAUGAAACAAAAGAAUGUUGAUGCUGUGAAGGCAAUAAUAUCAAUUGCCAUUGAAGAUGGUAAUUAUCUUCAGGAAGCGUGGGAACACAUAUUGACAUGCCUUUCCCGAAUUGAGCAUCUGCAACUAUUGGGAGAGGGUGCACCGCCUGAUGCAUCCUUUUUGACUGCAUCUAAUGUUGAAACAGAGGAAAGGACUCCAAAAGCCAUGGGUUUUCCAAAUUUAAAGAAGAAAGGAACUUUACAGAAUCCAGCUGUGGUGGCUGUUGUUCGUGGGGGCUCAUAUGACAGCACCAGUGUUGGAGUCAAUACUGCUGGACUGGUAACUCCAGAACAGAUUAAUAACUUUAUUUUAAACUUGAAUUUGCUGGACCAGAUUGGGAACUUUGGGUUGAAUCAUGUAUUUGCUCAUAGCCAAAGGCUGAACAGUGAAGCAAUAGUUGCUUUUGUUAAGGCCCUAUGCAAAGUUUCUAUGUCUGAGUUGCAGUCUCCAACAGACCCUCGUGUCUUCAGCCUCACAAAACUAGUUGAGAUAGCGCAUUACAACAUGAACCGUAUUAGAUUAGUAUGGUCUCGCAUGUGGAAUGUUCUCUCUGAUUUCUUCGUUUCAGUUGGACUGUCAGAAAAUCUAUCAGUUGCAAUAUUUGUCAUGGAUUCCUUGAGGCAGCUUGCUAUGAAAUUCUUAGAGCGCGAGGAAUUGGCAAAUUACAACUUCCAGAAUGAAUUUCUUCGACCAUUUGUGAUUGUUAUGCGAAAAAGCAGCUCUGCAGAAAUUAGGGAAUUAAUAGUCCGGUGCAUUUCACAAAUGGUCCUCAGCCGUGUCAAUAAUGUGAAAUCUGGCUGGAAGAGUGUUUUUAUGGUUUUUACAGCUGCUGCAGCUGAUGAGCGGAAGAAUAUAGUCUUGUUGGCUUUUGAGACCAUGGAAAAGAUAGUGCGAGAAUAUUUCCCUUAUAUAACUGAGACGGAGACAGUGACUUUUACUGAUUGUGUCAAGUGCCUCAUAACCUUCACAAACAGCAGAUUUAAUAGUGAUGUUAGUCUCAAUGCCAUUGCAUUUCUCCGCUUCUGUGCUGUGAAGCUUGCUGAUGGAGGACUUGCUUGCAAUGAGAAGAGCAAGGUUUAUGGUUCAUCUAAUCCAGUUGCAGGUGUGGAUGCUUCAGAUUUACAAACUUCCAUAGAGAAAGAUGAUCAUUCAUCCUUUUGGGUCCCCUUGCUAACAGGGUUGUCAAAACUAACAUCUGAUCCCAGAUCAGCCAUCAGAAAGAGUUCUUUAGAAGUGCUAUUUAACAUUCUGAAGGAUCACGGACAUCUUUUCUCACUCCCUUUUUGGACUGGUGUCUUCAAUUCUGUUGUUUUCCCGAUAUUUAAUUGUGUAUCUGACCAGAAAGAGAUGGAAAUUGAAGAUGAAGAGUAUCCAACACCAACUUCAAGACCUUUGCAUUCUGAAGGGAGUACAUGGGACUCUGAAACUUCUGCAGUGGCAGCUCAGUGUCUAGUGGAUCUUUUUGUCACCUUUUUUGAUGUAGUGAGGUCUCAACUACCAGGUGUGGUAUUAGUACUAACAGGGUUUAUAAGAAGUCCUAUUCAAGGUCCUGCUAGCACAGGGGUUGCAGCUUUGAUGCGGUUGGCCAGCGAUUUGGGCAGCAAGCUUUCACAAGAUGAAUGGAGAAAUAUUUUUCUGGCUUUGAAGGAAGCAGCCACAUCAACAGUGCCCGCAUUUAUGAAGGUCUUGAGAUCCAUGGAUAACAUCGAGGUGCUUGGAAGUGGUCAAUCCUAUACUGAUCUGGAAACGUCAUCUGAUCAUAUGUUGACACAUGAUGAUCUUGAGGAUGACAAUCUGCAUACUGCACAAUAUGUAAUUUCAAGAAUGAAGAGUCAUAUCGCAAUGCAGCUGCUCAUCAUACAGGUUGCGAAUGAUCUUUGCAAAACAGACCUACAAUACUUGUCAGCGGACAACAUCAAGAUCCUUCUUGAAGUUUUUUCUUUUAUUUCAUCGCAUGCCCACCAACUGAACUCUGAAAAAAACCUGCAGGAAAAACUGCCAAUAGUGUGCUCUAUCCUGGACCUUUCUGAACCACCCCUGGUUCAUUUUGAAAAUGAGUCUUACCAGAAUUACCUUAACUUCCUCCAAAGGCUACUUAUGGAUGAUCCAUCUUUGUCUGAGGAGAUGAACAUCGAAGCACAGCUUGUGGCAGUAUGUCAAACAAUAUUGCAGAUAUACCUGAACUGUACUGAUUCUCAAUCAGCCCAGCAAAACUCAGGAAACCGGCCGGUGCCACAGUGUGUUGUUCCAUUAGGUUCAGCGAAAAAGGAGGAAUUGGGGGCCAGGACUUCUAUAGUAGUAUCAGCAUUGUGCGUAUUGAAUGGUUUGGAAAGGGAUUCAUUUAGGAGGCACGUUUCACAAUUCUUUCCUUUGUUGGUGGAUCUUGUGCGGAGUGAGCAUAGCUCGGGAGAAGUUCAGCAAGUUCUAAGCAAUAUGUUCCAAUCAUGUAUAGGUCCAAUUAUAAUGCAAUGAUUUUAUAUUUAUUUUUAUAAUAUAUUGUGUUAUAUUAUGCACAAUACGCCAACAUUGAACCACAAAUUUUGUCUAAAGUGACUGGAUCACGAGCCAUGAGUCAGUUAUAUAUUAACUCUGUAGUAUGCCAAGGCUGGAAUUUGUUACACUUUCUGAUAGCAUAAAUUGAAUAAGUUCUCACUUCUUUCU